GGUGAGUGUUUGCCUGCAGAAGUUUACCACCACGGCUCCACUGCCUUUCCAAAAGUACUGAAAAACUCUGGUCAAAAUUCGAGUGGGAGAGAAGUGGCUGGUCGUGAAUCUCGCAGGAAGAAUGCAAGACGUCGUCUGAAAAGCGACAACCGUCGGCUGUCGACGCUCGAUUGUUUACUAAAAGCUCCAAGGUAUUUCGUAUUUUAGAUCUUACAAGGAAAUUUAAAAUAAAAAUGGAGUCCCACACUUUUUAGAAUUGAGCCCCAGUUGCGUUGAAUUUUGAGGCUUACACAUCUCCUACGCCUUACGCCCUUCGCCUCUAUGCUUUAGCGCCUCAGAAAAAUGAAAGGCGUAAGCCUGAUUACUGGCGUUUCAGUGACGCCUUUGCGUCUUUGCGCCUCAGAGGCGAAAGCCUCAAACGCCUUUAAAGUGGUAGAUGGUAAGGGUUGUACUGUCUUGGAGAAUGAACAAAAGAACGAAUGUCCUAGUCAACAAGAUGUACAGGAGAUUGUUGUGCUAUUUGAUGGUGAUGACCCACACUAUAUGUCCUUCUUGAGUUGUACUGUUCAAAAUGGUGUGUCAUACACAACUCAUCUUGCAGAAAAUGACUCACUCUUGUCCAUACAUUAUGAAAAAGAGGCUGACUUUGUUCAUGAGCCAGAUGACGGGAGUGGUGAUGACCCAGGCUAUAUGGUGUUCUUGGCUAGUACUGUUCAAAAAGGGACAUCAUACAUCACUAAGCAUGAAGAGAAUGGCUCCCUCUUGCAUUUACACUAUGAAAAUGUGGAUGAGUUUGGUUACGAGCCGGAUGAUGGCAACAGUGAUGACCCGUACUAUUUGAUGUUCUUGGCUAGUACGGUUCAGAAAGGCACAUCAUACAUCACUAAACAUGAAGAGGAUGGCUCGCUCUUGCAUUUACAUUAUGAAAAUGGGGAUGAGUUUGGUUACGAGCCGGAUGAUGGCAACAGUGAUGACCCAUACUAUUUGAUGUUCUUGGCUAGUACGGUUCAGAAAGGCACAUCGUACAUGACUAGGCAUGAAGAAAAUGGCUCGCUCUUGGUCAUAGAUUAUGAGGGAGAGGACAGUCUGGGGGUAAGCAUAGAUGAAAAUUGUUUGGUUUUCCGGCAAAACUUCUCAUCUAAAAUAUUUGAUGUCGAUACUUCGUCUCCUGGCAACCGGCUUGUAGAAUACUAUCUUGAGGACCGGGAUGAAGAUUAUUUAGUUUGUCGAUCGAUGGAUGACUGUAAUGAUUUUGAAGAUGUUGAAGUUAUUGAAAACAAGUAUUCUAUGGCUGGUGAGAGAUACCCUGAUUGUUUUGUCAGUUCAAAGGAAUAUCUCAGUCUAGAUGAGACGAACAAGUUUUGUGGUCAAAGUAUGCAAUCUCCAUUGAGGAAGAAGAUCAUUACUAUUCUCAAGAGGCCAUAUGACCAGUCAGAGUAUGAAAAUCUUUUGAAACAUGCCAAAGUUCGACUGCCUAUGGAAAGAAACAUGGAUUUGAGGAAUGGGAGAGAUAUAGCAUACAGUGCAAAUAAGAAAGCAAAGUCCCUUCUUGACCACCACAAAGAUAUCAAGGAUAAACUAAAAGCAGCGAAAGCUAACAAACGUAAAAGGUUGAACAUUUUGCGCGGAUUUUUCUUUUGGCUUCAGUUGUACCCCAUACUCAUGACAAUAUUACAUUCUAAAGUAGCAAAUUCAAUCCUGCAUUUGGCUCAGGAAGGAGUAUUUAAACCUUGGACCGAUACAGCUUGUCUUGAUAUUUUGCCUUCAUAUCGAUGACUCUGAACUUUUCAGUAUCUAUUAAUGUUUUAUGUACAGUAAUACAAUAUUACUUCUGAUCAGCUUCAUUUCCCCAGCAAGGCUGUAAGUACGAUGUAGUGCCCCACAGAUAAGCACAAUUCAAUGCACUCGUGUCACAAAUGUCUGGAAGGUUUUGCUUUAUCGUUGAGUUAUGUCAUGUAAAUAAGAACCAAGUACGAAUAUUUUUCCCUCACUUGGUUUUUGGCUCGUUUAUUGAUAUUUUA